GGUCACAACUACAUUGAUCAUACUGGAGCGAAUGGAUUGCAAGAUGCAUGGUCCUAUGAGAGAGCAAUUGUUGCACUUCAGCCAAGGAAUUCGAAUGUCGGGUGGUCUAUGAAGUUCGUUGGUAAAUCAAGCCGGUCAGGGUUGAACAUCAAGGUUGAGGAAGGGUUAGCAGAGGUGGAUUCCGAGAAGAAGUAAGAUGAGGCAAGCGGUCGUGCCAGUACCGAUGAUGAGUUGUCAAGGAGCUGGGUGAAGAGUUUAGUUAAAGUUUGAUAGUUAUUUUAUGUUUAUGAUUAUGAGUAUAUAUGUACUAGAGGUUCAAGGUUCAAGAUUCUGGGUUAAGUUGUUUUAAGUGUUUGAGAUUGAGAUUUUGCCCAAGUGUUGGGGCUUUUUGAUUUAAAAUUUAUAAAUAAAGUCAGUUUGUUUAUUUUAAAA